CCAAUGUCAGAGUAGCCUUCUUAAAACGCCACUCCACUUUGCAUAUGGAACUGUUCUCAUUCCAAAAUCUUUAGUUAGGGGUUUUCGGAGUCAGACCCCUGUCCAUCACAUUAGCCUUAUGUUCCUCCAUUAGCUUACACGGAAAGGAACACCUUAAUAAGUUGUUUGAAUGUAUUAUUUGGGUUAUUACCUGUUUCCUUUUAUUCAUUGUCCAUAUUAACUGGAGUGCCAUCCUUUUGUACUGCAGAGCUUUAGUGCACGUCCCACCUCAGCAAAAAUAAUGGAUAAAGUUUUCUGAAUGCUUGUGUUCUGUGAGGCAUUGUGCUAGGUGCUUUUGUGAUCUAUGUCAUUCAGCUCUGUCGGUCAUCCUGUAACACAGGAACUGUUAACUACCAAUAACGUGAAUUUGGAUAAUUUGUCUGCGGUCACAGAGCUGGGAAGUGGCAAGGACAGGUCUCCAGUAACUCCAGAGCCCAGGUUCUCAGUGAUCACACUCCGCUGUCUUGUACCUGUGCCACGACGAUCAAGCUAAUACUGGAGGACCAGAUAUGUUUCAGGCACAAGUAAAAGGGCUUUACAAUUAUUAGCUCAUUUAAUUCUUGUAAAAUUCUAAUAAAGUAGUUACUGUUAGGAUCUUCGAUCUAUACAUGAGGACAUUGAGAUCUUGGGAAGUUAAACAGCUUACCUACAGUCUCAUAUCUAGUAAGUGAGAGACCCAGAUUUAGAACUGGACGAACUUCUUUGGGAAUUCAUGCUUUAAGCCUUUUCAGUACACUGUUAGCAUAAAUCAUACAACAACAAAAGAAAAAGUUGGUUUUUAUUCAUUCAUUUCCAACAGCUGUUUGGGUGUUUACUGAGUGGUAGAUAAGGACUUGGAUAUAAAGAAAUGAAAAACAUUAAACCCUUCUUUGAGCUCAGAGAGCUUUGGUUGUGGUACCCCUGUCUAUACCUGAUCCCCAUGGGCAGGGUAUGGUCCAGUUAGUUUUGUGAUCUCAGUACCUUGCACAAUGUCAGUAUUUAAUUUUUUGAUGAUGUUAUGAUAAUUCCGUGGUUUUUCUGUUACCUUCUGCUAAGUGACCUUUGCUCUGACUUAGGCUUGUGUUUUUUAGGGAGUACUUAAAUUUUUUCCCCCAGCUGACUUGUGGCCAGGGAUCCUUUCCCUUUGAUCUUUCAUCUUUCAUCUGAGUCCUGCUCUUGCUUAAAUCUAGUGGGUUUUAUUCCAAUAUAUGCUAUAGAUAACUCUCCUCUAGAGAGAGGUGCUAUUGACCAUUUUUGUGUCUCCUUUUUUUUAUUCUUUUUCCUCAGUACUGUAUUGGCAAUCGCUGGAGAAGAUUUUUCGAUUGUUGCUUCUGACACUCGAUUGAGUGAAGGGUAUUCAGUUCACACCCGGGAUAGCCCCAAGUGUUACAAAUUAACAGACCAAACAGUCAUUGGAUGCAGCGGUUUUCAUGGAGACUGUCUAACCCUGACAAAGAUUAUUGAAGCAAGACUAAAGAUGUAUAAGCAUUCUAAUAACAAAACCAUGACUACCGGGGCGAUUGCUGCAAUGCUGUCUACAAUCCUCUAUUCAAGACGCUUCUUUCCCUACUACGUUUACAACAUCAUCGGGGGACUGGAUGAAGAAGGGAAGGGAGCUGUGUAUAGCUUUGACCCGGUAGGGUCCUACCAGAGAGACUCUUUCAAGGCCGGAGGCUCAGCAAGUGCCAUGCUCCAGCCCCUGCUUGACAACCAGGUUGGUUUUAAGAACAUGCAGAACGUGGAGCAUGUCCCACUGUCUUUGGACAGAGCCAUGCGGCUUGUGAAAGAUGUCUUCGUUUCUGCGGCUGAGAGGGAUGUAUACACUGGGGAUGCACUCAGAAUCUGCAUUGUGACCAAGGAGGGCAUCAGGGAGGAGACUGUUCCCCUGAGGAAGGAUUGAUUUGUGUGCUGUUAUCAUUAAUCACUUCAGAAUUGGUUAAUUUUGUAUCUUGGAACUAUUUGACUAAUGUGUUUUAUUAAAAAAUAAAGGCUGAAGUAAUCAUUUGU